GCAUGUACGAUUAUAUACUAUAAGUAAAUACGAAUUGACGUAUUCGUUGAGUCUGAUGUUCAUAUCAAUUUUAAACCAGUUUUAUUCUGUUUAUUACUUUUUUGUAGUACUUUUUCAGAUGUAGGAGUUGAAAAGAUUGUACUAAAAGAUGAGCGAAAAAGAGACAAGUCAAAAUCUUUCUACGCAGAAAGUUUUAUUACCUGGGCAUGAUCCUGGAUGGAAUGAUCCCCCAAAAUGGGCAUAUUCUGGUGCACAAAGUUCUGCAACUUCUACAAAACGAAUGUUGAAUAAGAGGGUAGCAUUUCCAAUGACAGCUACACAGUCUAUAGACAAACAAUCUGUCUUAAACAAAUCAUUAAAUAUGCCAUUACCUGUGCAAUCUUCAGCUAAUUUGACAACAGCAUCACAUCCUCCAUUGUUAUAUCAUUCAAACAAAAAUAUAGAAGAAAACAUGUGUGAAAUAGAAAUUGAUAAAGAAGAGACGCUUCAAAAUGUCUUAAAAAAUUUGGAUGCUGUGAUUGAUGAGCAUAUAUUAGAAAAAAGUAGAGUCGAUGAGAUAAAGAAAAGAUUAGAUAUAAUGAAAUCUGCAUGGCUCGAGGAUAAAUUAAACAAUGUGAUAUACAAAAAUGUCUUAGAUUUGUCUACAGCAUUACGAGAAGGAAAUAUUGAAAAAGCUAAUGAAAUACAUAUUGCAUUAAUGAUGCAACAUGCUAAUCUGUGUAGUGCAUGGAUACCUGGGAUUAGACAUAUUAUUUUAGGAUUGAAAACUAAAAUGCAAAAUUUAAAUGCAACAUAAUCUCAAAACCUAAAAUUUAUCACCAAUUAGCAACAAUAAAUAAAUGAAAA